GUUUUUUCAUUGAUUUUAUUGUGUCUCUCAGUUUGAUUAAAAGCAGGGCAAGUCAAAAAUUGUUGAUUCAUUCUUUUGGGGGUUUGUACCAUUGUCCCCUUACUGUAUUCUUCAUUUCGGUAGUCUAUAUGGGUAACAGAUGAAGAGUCUUAAAGGUCCGUCAAUCUGAAAAAGGAAAAGUAGAGAAAAUGGGUCCUUCUUCCAAACAACCUUUAUUUUGCCUGAAAUGGCCAUGGGACACCCAACAAAAUCCUAAAAGUCCUAAUCUUUGCAUGUUUGACAGUCCUUGGAUAUUCAAGUCCUUGCAAAAUCUUGGGUCUGUUGCUUUCAAUCUCGUCACCUCUGUUUCAAAAUCCUCUUAUCCAUCGCUCAGUUCCAAUAAACCCUUCCAAUUUGAUGCUGGAACCAACCAAAGUAAGAGUUUGAAGUCCAGAAAGUUGAACUUGACUCCUGAAGAGCAAGCAGAGGCAGAGCAAACAGCAUUUGCUUCAGCCCUGGCAACUGGGAAAGAGGCUACUGUGAUUGAGUUCUACUCACCAAAAUGCAGGCUUUGCAAUUCAUUAGUUGAUUUUGUUUCAGAGGUGGAGGGUAGAAACUUAGAUUGGCUCAACAUUGUCAUGGCAGAUGCGGAAAAUGAAAAAUGGCUACCUGAGCUUCUUCAUUAUGAUAUUAAAUAUGUCCCAUGCUUUGUGUUGCUAGACCAAAAGGGAAGGGCACUAGCAAAGUCAGGUGUUCCAAGUAGUCGGCUACAUGUAAUAGCAGGUGUCUCCCAUCUUCUCAAAAUAAAGCGUCCCCUGAAAACUAAUCGCUAGAUUAAUAUUGUACCCACUUGAACAAAAACUAGUGUAUCAUUGUGGUAAGUUUAUAUGCAGGAUGUUUUUAAUCACAAUGGAUUAGAUUUAAUUUUAAUAGAUGUUUCCAAGUCAUUUGCAUAAA